AUGGCGGGCACCACCAUCAUGAAGCCCAUCACCACGGAAGGCCUGCCUCCAUGGGGUCCUACCACCAUGACGAGCACCAGCACAGAGAGCACCAGCACGGUGCACAUCCUCGUGACUACCUCCACCGAGAGCACCGCUAUGGGGACGUACUCACACCCUGCCCAGACCUCCAGCAAAGUCCAUCCUCGGGGCUCCUCCUCUAAAACCUCGGAAAGCUGGCCCGGAGAAGACGAGCAGAUUCAGAAGCACAAAACUGGCCGAGCCCCACGAACCCACAAGAAGCUGCACACUGUGAACCUCUUCUAUUUGUUGUGGGAGAAAUUAAGCCACCUCAUGUGGGGCCUUUCGAGAAUGCUCAGGAAACUGACUGACUCCUUGGCCUUUGAAGCCUUCGUCGUCUUCAUCGUCUGCCUCAACACCAUCAUGCUCGUGGCCCAGACCUUCGCUGAAGUCGAGGUCCGGGGUGAGUGGUACUUCAUGGCCUUGGACUCCAUCUUCCUCUGCAUCUACGUGGUGGAAGCUGUGCUCAAAAUCAUUGCUCUGGGCCUCAAGUAUUUUUUGGACCCCUGGAACAACCUGGAUUUCUUCAUCAUGAUCAUGGCUGUGCUGGAGUUCAUGCUCAUGCAGAUCAACUCUUCCUCCAUGCGCGUGGUCUACAACCAAAGCAUCUUCCGCAUCUUCAAGGUCUUCAAGAGCCUGCGAGCCUUGCGAGCUAUCCGGGUCCUGCGGAGGCUCAGCUUCCUGACCAGCCUCCAGGAAGUGACCGGGACCCUGGCCCAGUCCUUGCCGUCCAUCACCGCCAUCCUCAUCCUCAUGUUCACCUGUCUCUUCCUGUUCUCUGUGGUGUUCCGGGCACUGUUCCGCUACUCUGACCCCAAGCGCUUCCAGAACAUCUUCACCACCAUCUUCACCCUCUUCACCUUGCUCACCCUGGACGACUGGUCCCUCAUCUACCUGGACAGCCGAACCCAGGGCGCCUGGUACAUCAUCCCCAUUCUCAUGAUAUAUAUCAUCAUCCAGUACUUCAUCUUCCUCAACCUGGUGAUUGCCGUCCUGGUGGAUAACUUCCAGAUGGCCCUGCUCAAAGGCCUGGAGAAAGUGAAGCAGGAGAAGGCCUCCCAGAUCCAUGAGAAGCUACUGGAUGACUCACUGACAGAGCUCAUGGAAGCAGAGCCUGAAGAGGUGAUAAGUGGACACACUAUACAGAAGCAGCUCAUUGAGAAAAAAUUUGGAGGCAUGACUGAGAAGCAGCGGGAGCUCCUGUUCCACUUCCUGCAGCUGGUGUCCGGGGUGGAGCAUUACCAGCAGAAAUUCCGCUCCCAGGCAGCUGUCAUCGAUGAGAUUGUGGACACCACGUUUGAGGCUGGAGAGGAGGACUUCAGGAAGUGAUCCCCAGAGUGGCAGCCCGAGUCCAGGCUUCAGCCUCUGGCAGGCUCUCCCCCGGGUCGGGCCAAGUCCCCAUCUCUGCUGGAAAGAUCACUGGGCCUGCAGGGC